AUGCGACUUGCGACUUGCGAUGUGCGGCACUGGCCACGCAAACAAGAAGAAUCGGUUGCCGUCUAUGCUCGCAUCCUUAUCCGCAACACGAUUCAUCACGACAAUCAUACUACACUCUCACAGUCCCCACAGUCCCCAACAACUGUCUCGUACGCUGCACAGCGCCAUGCCCAAACGAAUUACUCAUGUACAAACAUCGAGGCCUCUCAUCCAGUUGAUCUGGACUGUUCAGCAGAGGCAAAACUCGAAGACUGA